GCUCACUCUUCUCUCUUCAUAGCCAACGACAAAGUUUUUCAUAUCAAGAGGAAAAAAAAUUAUUUUAGUAUGAAUUAGUAGAAUAAAUCGAGUGAUUCUGUCUCCACUUAAGUCUUCUUAGAUUAGUGUCACGUUGGGUUAAGAAGAUAACGUGAAAAUUUUCACAAUUCGAUCUCAAUUUACGGAAUAUGUCAGGAUCAAGAAUUUCACUAAGUAAAACUUAAAAAAAAAGAAGAAACCUUUAACUAUCAGGCAAACAAACAAACAAGAAAUCUCUCUAGAAAUAAUCUCACGCAAUGGAGUCAAAAGGAAUCGAUUGCCUUCUCAUUACAGCAAAUUGUGGAAGUGUUUUUGAGGAUCCUUCACGAUUGCUGGGAAAUUGGGUCUCUGAAUUUUUGUCUCAUGUGAAAUUAACUAAACCCAAAUUCAUAGCUGUCCAUCUUCAAGAGGUCGGAGGCAAAACGUAUGAAAAGUCAAUGGAAUAUGUGCAAGAGUUCAUCAAGGUUCUAUGUGAGUCUGAAGACCUCGUCGAAUACAACAAAAUACGAGUGUUUCUUGAUGAAGAUUACAAUUCUGCGGAGCACUUUACAGCACUGGGAAACUUGUAUUUCAUCCACGAUUCCAUAAAUAACGUUAGAAUAUGGAAUUUCUUGACGUAUGAGUUUGAAAGUGUUGAUGGUAAAACAAUUCACACGGGAAGCAUUGAAACGGUGCCCACGAAAGAGAAAGCUAAGUUCCCACAACAAUUCUUUCCCGAAUGUAAAUGGAGUCGGAAAGGCUUUUUGAGGACGAGGUGGAACGUUGAUGGAACAACAUUUGACUUAAUCAAUAUUCAUUUGUUUCAUGAUGCAAGCAAUUUAGCAGCAUGUGAACAAUUUCCAUCAGUUUAUUGUAAAAGUCGUCGAAGAGCUUUGCUACAUACUCUCGAACGCUUUCAUAAAGAUCAGAAAAAUGUUUUGGUUCCGUUCUUCAUAUUUGGUGAUUUCAAUUUUCGCUGUGAUACAGAAGGUGUAGUCAAAAAACUAACGAUGGAUCUGAUUGAACAAAGAAUUCCGCACUUGAAGGCGGAUCAUUCAAAGGUGCAAUUUCGUGAUGCUGAUGGAUGUGUGAAACUAACAGUUGGUAAAAAAGAAUUUACGCAUGUUGACUAUACAGUGUUUAAGCAAGAGUGGCUACGUCAAUUUGACCGUGAACUUGAACCUAUACGUGAGAUUUUAUGGGAAUUUCCAAUUACCUUUGCACCAAGUUAUCCUUAUGAAGAACAUCCUGACAUGCCACAUCACUACAUGUCAACAAGAUGUCCAGCUUGGUGUGAUCGCAUACUAAUGAGCAAAGCAGCAAAAAAAUUGAUUGAGAAUGAAGAAGACAACCAACAAUAUGGAAUCAUAGGACAAGAUACUUGCAUGGGAGAUCACAAACCUGUUUUCUUGAAAUUCCGAAUGAAAUCCAAUCAAGGUAUAGUCAAUAGUUGUGAACACACAAAUGCUGUUGAUGAAAUAUCCGAAAAAGAGAAUUUAGUCAAAAAUCCAUGCUUAAAGCAAUCAAAUAUUUGUGUCAGUUGUUUAAAGCAUUUAAAUGUAAUCACAGAAAAGUUUAGUGAUAAUUUAUCAGUACCAUCAUCGCUGCCACUUAAAUCACAAUCUUCUUCAAUAUCGCCAUUAGUCAGUAUAAGUGUCAUCGAUGCUGACAAUUUAAACGUUUGCAUGUGCCAUUCACUUGAAGAUUAUGCAGCUUUAUAUGAGAAGUCAAAAGGUGAUAAAAUCUGUGGAAAGUGUCGAAAUAAAAUAAAACAACAACCUCAUGAACGUCGUACAUUGGUUUCGAAGAGAACGAUGCUUGGUGAUGAUAUUGUCGUUAAUCGUAUAGAUUCACAAUUUUUGUCGAGCACAUACACAAGUAACAUUUCUCAGUUAAAGAAACUUCAAGAUCCUUACACACCAGAAAGCAUUGAAUCUCAUUCGCCUCUGCCUGAGAUAGAAGAAACACAAUUUCCGAUUAUUAAUGAGAAUUCUGAUUGCGAUGAUAUUCUUCUUAAAAAUAUUUGCGAUGCUAAUAAGCAUAUCAGUGAUAUUGCAUCAUUUAGUGAAUUGAAAGAUGAUCAUGAUGAGAAUAAAAUUGGAAUUAUUCAAAAUCAUAUCAACAUGACGCAUACGGUAUCGCCUAGUCAAUUAACAACGAGAUUGGAGAUUCUCCGUCGUGAAUCACAACUAAUUAUGCAUGAUUUCGGGAGAAAAGGUGGCAGCGAUCAUGAUGGCACUGACAUUGGCGAUAAAAAGUCUUUAAAGAAAUCAAAAUGUUGCUUACAUGCAUUUAUAGAACAGCAAAUAUGGAAAACUCAAAUUGAUUUGACAAUAUUCCAAGAUCUGAUGACAGAAUGUGAAAAUAUUGUGGAACAAUCAAAAUCUCGCUAUAUUAGAUUCAAGCAUGAAUCAAGCAUUAGCGAGUCUGUUGACUCCGAACAAGGCGAAAAUGAAGAAGCAACAGGUGGAGACGCUGCAAAUGAUGAAAAUGUAGCAGAGCAAAUUUUCCUCGAAACAACUGUUUAAGAUUCUAAAAAUAAUUCGAAAAGUUAUAUCUACGCAACAUUUGAAAUUGUUGUGUGAAGUACCUCUCAGUUAGCAGAUACAAACCCUUCCAGCGAUCUCGCAUUCAUGGCACACGCAAAACUCCGUUUUUCUUGUAUAAGAAAUAUAAAUGGCAAUGUUAUAUCAAUAAGAUUCAAAAGAUUCCUUAUUUUAACUUAUUUAAACAAAGUAGGACAUACGUAAAUCAAUAGACGUUUAUCGUUACCCGUUAUCAACCCCGAGAUAAUAAAAAAAAAAUAUUAUAAGAAUUUUAUAUAUUUAUAUAAAUGUUAAAAGUAAUUUGCAUAAGUAUUUAAUAUAGCGAAAGAAACUUAACAGAAAAGAAAUGAAUAACUAUCUAGUCAAAACAUUUUGUCUGGAGAUCAAUUUGGGAACCAGUUGUCGAGGUGAAUCUUUCAGAUUCUCCUGUUAACAAGUUUUUUUCUAGACGUAAAUUUAAAUGUUAAGAAAAUUAAUGUUUGUAAGUGUUAAAAGCUGUUUUAAUUUUUCUUUUCAUAGACAUUGAAAUAUCACAUCAAUUAAGUUGUUUUGAAAGAAUUCAUCUAAAAUAGAGAAUCUUUAAAAAGGUCUCAUCCGCAUUAUCUUAUAAAUAACCAUCCUACAGUCUAUAAUCGAUAUAAAUUUCAACGUCAUGAGAUAAUAUUUCAUAAUGAAUAUUGAUAACAAUUAAAGCUAUUUAAAACCUGAUCAGCACAUCAUUUAAAGAAGCUUCCAUGAUAUUUUUAGCUUCUCAAAACAUUAAUUAUGAUAAGACAAAAAAGAACUUUUCUACUGAAGUAAAAUUUCUAUUUAUACUGCAGGAGAAAAUCUUUUCAUGUGUUUUGCGUCUCGAUCAAAUAAUUUUACAUUCCGAAAAGAAAAAAAAACCAAGUCUAUUUUAAAAAGAAAUUUUAUAAAAGAAUAAGAGUUGAUGAUAUUUUAACUUUUUUUAAAUAUUAUAUCACCUAUCCGCACUAUGUUCUCGCAGCCUGCUUCCCGCGAAAAUAGAGAAACAAUUAACAUAAUAUGGCCCACGAGAUUUCUCUUUCUUCUGCAAUUUCUUAAAGCAUUUUGUUUCAAAAUUUAAUUCACGUGGAAAGUAAAUUAAGCACACCUGAAAUGUUGAUGUAGAAUCAUAAUGAAGAUGAGAAUAAAAGCAUGUUCAUCAAAAAAAG